AUGUCUACUACUACCCAACAACCUUCUUCAGAUUAUUUUAACUCAGAAUUUGAACAUUUUAUUCAAACACAAAUUUCUGGUUUAAUUUUAACAGAGAGGGAAAACAAUUCAGAAUUAAAUAAAGAACAAGAAUUAAUUAUUUCCAUUGAUUUUUGUAAAAAAUUUUUAAUUGAAAAUUCUUCAAAAAAGGAAACAGAAAGUGAUGAAAUGGAAAAGAGACGUUCUCAAGUUUUGGCUAAACUUGUUGAAUUAAAAUUGGAGUUGGAAACACAUCGAGAAUCUUUAAUAAUUGGAGAUGAUACAGCAAAUAUUAAAAGAAUUAAAUAUCAUGAAUUUGUAAUGCAAUCGGUAAGGGGUACUAAUGUUUAUUGUGAAGUGUGUUUAAGUAUUAUUUGGAGGCUGAUUCAGUAUUGGAGAAGAUGUAAAGGUGGGCAGGGAAUUUAA